AUGGUUCAGGUAACGUCCCCCGUUAACUGGUACGUGACCAGCACACUCAACAUCAACUUCAUCAACAGCAUUCUCACCCGAGCAAAUCAAUAUGGUCUGUCCAUUGGAAUCUACACAAAUAUUAAUGAAUGGAAUCAAAUCACCGGCUCAGCGAACAUCAACAACGCCAUGCUCUGGUACUGGAGCACAUACGGCAGUGGAGUAUCGAACGAGACUCCUGCCAACUUCAGUGACUUCCUCUCAUUUGCAGGAUGGACUUCUCCCUCAGUGAAACAAUUCGCUCAGGUCGAAAGCGUCUGCGGAAUAACUGUGAAUAGAGACAUCUACAGCACAUCGUCGGCCGCCGUCGCAGGAAUGGCUAGGCGUGAAAAGGAGAACAACAAAUCAUCGUUGGUGGUCUCGGACUAG